UUUUUAUUUUGUAGCAAAAUUGUAUUUUUUAACUGUAAAAGAAAUAGUCCAAUGUCUCCUAAAUUUUUAAAUAAAUUGCAAGAUAUAAGUCAUUGUAUUCUGCUAAACAUGGUAUUCAAUUUUAAGUUCGUUUAUUUACUUUAUCCCGAAGUGCAUUAGUCUCAUUUCGAGUGUAGAAAGUGUAGAAAGGAGAAUGAAAUGCUACUCCUCUCUAUUCUUUGGAAGGUCAACUGUUCUUUGUUGUAUUCGAAUCAUUCAGUAGUAUUCGAGCGGUUGGAAAACAGUUUCUUGCGCAAUAUCUAUACUACGUAUCGUAAAGAACGAGGAAGAAUUUUACGACGAAAAAAACUUUAUAAGAGAGAAUUGAUACACAACAUGGCAUAUUUUAACGAUAUGAAUAUCGAGCCGAUUGUUGAUCGAACGGAUGCAGAAUAUACAAUAUAUGUGAAUAAUUUGCCAAUAGAGUUAAAUAAGGAUGCUAUUAGAGAUAUCUUUAGUCAAUAUGGUAAAAUUCUUGGAAUGUUCCAUCCUUGUAAUGCUAAUUGGGCCUAUAUUACAUAUGAAUCAUUUCGUGAAGCUGAAUUAGCUAUACGAGAGCUUAAUGAUAAAAGACCGUUGUAUCUGAAAAUAGCACUUGCAAAAAACAGAAGUUCUAUGAAAGAAGAAGUGCCAGAAAAAUCAAACAUAUCAGAAAUUUCUGAAAAACCAAAAAUAGUAAACGUUGAAGAGUCACCAUCUGUUCAAAAUGAUAUAAAAUAUCAAGGUAUGGGUCGGGGUCAAUUAUUAAAUAGUACCCGUAAACCUGCAAUUCCACAUAGAUAUGCAGAUGGCGAAUCAUCAUCUUUGCCUUCGUCCUCGCAAAUAUUUCAGGAGAUUGAGGAUCCUUUUGCAAAAACUAAUAGAUUGUGGACAAGAGGUGUGAUAAAUGUUACACCAGAUGGAAAAAGACACGUUUCUCUUGGACGCGGUUAUACGUUGUAUGAAUUUCCAGAACCAGAUCCUAAAAUUGAAGAAUAUAUUACAACAGUACACGAACAACGAAAAAAUGGAUUAUAUGAAUGUUCCAAAGAUAAAUUUAAGAAUGAAGUGUACAAAUGUAUCGUCUGUUCUAUAAAGACAAAUAAAUUUUGUGAGAAGUGUUAUACGCAUUAUUGUAGCAAAGCAUGUCAAGUAAAAGAUUGGUCGCGACAUCAGGCCGAGUGUAAUCGUAUUCCGGCAUUAGUGGAAGAAAUAGAUACUAAUAUGUCAUUGUUGCAAAUUAAUCAAGGUAUGAACCAAAUGAAAAGGACAUCAUAUAUGAAUGAUGAAAUAAUUAAAUCUAAUGAUGUGAAACUGAGGCGGCCUAACACAUUUAAUGGAAUACAAGCAGAGAACUCGAACAAUACAAAUAGAAAUGACAGUAUGCACAGAAGUAAUGCAGAGGGUAGUUCUGUGAAUGGUAUCGAAGAUAAGUAUUUAUCUGCUCAACGUGAUAAUAAUGUAUCUCAAACUAAAAUGACAGACUUAUCGACAAAUGUAGACAAAGAACUUUCUCAAUAUCGAUUGCACAGAUAUGAUACUAACGAGAAUACUGAUCAAUCAAGAAAAAGCGACACAUAUUCCGCAACCUCUAGUUCUAAUCAAAAUUAUGAUCGCCAAGACGAUUUAAAUAAAACUAGUAUGAAAAAAAGACUUGAUUACGAUGUCAAUGUAAGAAAAAAAACUUGCAACGAUGAUAAAAGUCAAUCUUAUCAAAGAAACGGCUUUCAGAGUGAUAAUAGUUCUUUCAAUAACAACAAAGGAAAAAUCAAUAGGCAAAAAGUUUCUAACGAUAUAUCGGUGAACGAUGAUUUGGAUUUUUAUAAAGAUACUCAUUUGUCGAAAACAAAAUUUAUAACCGUUGAAAUUAUAAUAACAUUAAAUAGUGAUGAAUAUUGGAUAUACAAAUUGGAGGAUAGAGAGGCACGUAAAGAUUUAAUGAUAGAAUUGCAAAAUGUCGCAGUGAGAUCACGUAACGUGCAACCAAUUAUCGGUGAAAUUUACGGCGUACUGUAUGAAGGUCUUUGGCACAGAGCCAUGGUAAUAUCUUUACGCCCUACUAAAGUUCAUUUUAUUGAUUUUGGCAACGAUGAGAUACUAGACGAAGCUGCUGAAAUUAAAGAUAUAGGAAAUCUGAUUAAAGCUCCCAAAUUUGCUAGGAAAAUUCGCUUAGCAAAUGGUACAAGUUAUAAGUAUAGAAAUCUAAAAGAAGACGAGCAAAUUUCUGUUAGAAUGUUGUCCAUCGAUGCUGAAAAAACAAUAACAGUAGAAGUGCAAGAGCAAUCGACAACUGUAUCUUCACGUGCAGUGGAGAGUACUUCAAAAGAUGUAGCGAAAAAAAUUGUGCCGCAAGAAAAAGAAAAUUCACAAGUAUCAUCAAAUAAAAGUACAAACAUUGCGAUUCCGAUACCUAAUAUUUUGGACGCUUGUGCCGACUUAUUGAUUCAAGAAAGAAUUUUCGAAUUACCAAUUGAAGGCUAUAUAGAAAUUCAUGAAUUGAUACAAAAAGAUGUUUAUGGCGCAACUUUUUGUCCAAUUGUUUAUAAUGCUAUGAUUGAAACUAUUUUGUCUGAGAUGCAAGAUGAAUGUAAGAAAGAGCAACUAAGAAGCGCAAAUUACAAACCAAAAAUAGAAGAACUGGUUUGUGGUAAAUUCAAAGAUGGCUGGUACAGAGGAUAUGUCUUGGCAUGCCCCCUAACAUCGUCCAAUUUACGUAUCAUUGCAGUAGACGAAGGUAGAGUUUUAUCAGUUGAUAAAAUUGUAGCAUGUCCUGAAAAGUUUUUGGAUAUUUGUGCUUUUGGAAUAAUGUGCGAAAUAAAUGAUUUCACGCUAUCGCAGGGAGAAAUAUAUGAAUUUAAAGCAAUCUUCAAAAAGCAGAGCCAAGAAAGUCUGCAAAUUAAUAUAAUUAUAAAUUCGCAAGUGAAAAAUGCUAUGGUGAAGCCAUGUAAAUAUUUCACGAACUUACCAAUUCGCCUAUCCUCCGAACUAAAGAAUGGAUCUAAGAUAUGUCUUACCAGUUACCGAAAUCAUUAUCAUAUGUUUGCUCGUUCUCUAGACGAAGUUGAAGUAGAAUAUUAUAAUGAUAUUAUGCAACGCGUUGCUUUAUGUGCACGGACAGCACCGCAUUUAUCUAAACCUCCAAAUAACUUUGAUCAAGUGAUCGCGCCAUAUGAAGACGAGAAUAGAUAUCGUGCGAUGGUUCUUGAAGUAAAUAGUGAUAAAGUUAAGAUAAUAUAUACUGAUUUCGGCAAUAUAGGUGAAAUUAAUGUAAAAGAUCUUCAACUCAUGCCACAAGAUUUGAUACUGCAACGGUAUUGUUCGACAAAAAUAUUCUUGAAAGAUGUUCCUCGUGACGUACCGAGCAAUCAAGAAGUUGAUGCUUAUCUACGCAAUUUAACAGGCAAUGAAAUACCUCUAACAUGUACGUACGAAGGUGCAUCACCAAAAGAUGGAGUUUGUCUGACGAUGCCUACAGGAGAAUGUGUCAAUAAUAAACUAAAGGAAUUAUUAAUUCCAAGAUGGAAAAAGGAAGAAGAUCAUACAUGCUACAUGUUCGAUAAUAUAGAAUUCGCAAGUUUAGGACGAGUAGGUGAUACGGUGAAAGCAGUAGUAUUGGAUUCAUCGACGGAUCCAACAAUGUAUAUGUUAGGUCCUGCAGAUACCGAUUUAAUAACUCAUAUCUUUGAAGUGAUGCCUGCAUUGUUGAAAGAGUAUUGUGAUAAAACAGAGUAUUAUAUACCAAGAAUGCAGGAAUUAUGUUUGGCGUUGUACGAAGAGGCAUGGUAUCGGGCAGUAUGCUUAAAUCCGACAGAAUCAGACACGACAUCUAAAAUUUUCUUCCUUGAUUGGGGAAAUACAGAGCUAGUAGAACAUAAGAACAUAAGAAUAAUGCCUAAAGAUUUUAUCACACCUGAAGCGUUGGCGAAUAUGUGUACUAUUGUCAAUUUGGCACCAGUUGAUAAUGGAAAUUAUUCGGCCGAUGUACAGAAGAAGAUAACAGAGCUGGUGGUGCCGAGUAAAAGUAUCACGAUUAAAAUCGUGGAACAUGAGAAGAAUACUUAUAAAAUCGAAUUACCAGAUGUUCGUGCCGAAUUGAUCAAAUGCGGACUUGUAUAAUUUUCGUAUAAAAGUUUUAAUUUACAUAUAAUUUUAUAGAUUAUCUGACCGCAGGGUUAUUUUUUGUCUUUUAAGUUAUAAGAUACAAUUUUCUGUAACAACGUUUCUUAUAUUUUUUUUAUAUUUCGAAAAACGGACAGUUACACAUUUCAUUAUUUUUAAUUCUAUUGUGUGUCUAAUAUAACAUCUAGAUUUCAUAAUUGCAGUCCGUCGUUCAUCAUGUUUUUGUUUCGAAUAAUUUUAUUUUCAUGCUUAUGUUUA